AUGUCAUUCACGGGCACCCUUCCCGUUUCUAACCCAUACACUAUUCCCUUCACCGAACCCACCCGGGCCGGUCACGUUGCUGCUCCAGAUAGUCCUCCGUCUUCCACCAUCUAUGUGAAGCCAACAAGACUCACCCUAACCAGUCCUGGGAUCAAGAAGCGAAAGCAAAAGACUCGCACCUCCUCCAGCCGGAACCAUCGCAGCCCCAGUCUGGAUCGUCGCAGCCCUAGCCCUGAUCGUCGCAUACCUGGGGUGAACCUGCAUCUCUUCCUCGAUACGUUGAGCAAGACGGAGAUGGACGAAUUCACAGAAUCCCUGUACAAGAGGAUGGAUGAGCUCAAGAAGACAGGUCAUUCUGAUAUUAAGCCUCUUGGUAUACCAGUCAGCUGCUUUUCCUCGCCUUUCUCAAAGGAUCCCUCUGAGGAGGAACCUGAUCUGGACCGACAUCACAACGAGAUCAGUCAUGAAGACCUGGACGGAUAUAUGGAAGUGCUCCAGAACAGGCUGGAAAGACUGAGACUUCGAGAGCGUGUCAAGAAGUUCAUGAUUUCUGCCAUCUUUGAGGACAAGAUCGGCCCCCAUCUGAGAGAGGAGUCUUGA